CCUCUGGGGUUCCUUGGAAAGUUCAAAGAGCUCAACCAAGAAAAGCUCCCGAUAAUAAUAAUACUAGUACUCUAGUCAACUUCGCUCGUGCCCACCUCUCCAUCCAAAUUUAGCCUGUCGUCGGGAGAGACAAGCGCUUGUCUUAUUCCUCAAGGCCCAGAUUCGUCCAGUGAAUCAAUCCUUGCUGAUCUGGUGUUACGCUCCCUCUUGUCUUCUCUCUUUUAAAUCUGGCUCAUCCCGACUGCCGCUCCCUCCUCUGGCCCUCACACGACUCUCUCUGGCUCGUGCGGAUGUGUUUCUUGAUGGAACACGACUGCGGCUCCUGCGUCUCCAUCUACCUCAAUGGCUUACAACGCCAUUGCUCAGGUCGACCACGAGGUGGCUUCCAACGCGACGAGUUCUAAUGCAGGCAGUCCACCCCCGUCGCCAUCCAAGAACGAUGCCUUCCAGCCGGUCUCCCUCGACGUCGACAAUCUGGGCGGAGGGAGGUUCCUGGAAGCAUCUCAAACAGAGCAAGGAUCAAGCAGCGGUCGCUUGGGGUCGAUGAUCCGAUCUAUCACGUCGAACAACUAUGACAUGUUGGACGAUGAUGACUAUGAAGCCGCCGAUCUCCCAGACCAAAGGUCUAACUCGCACCAAAGCGGGCCCGUCGCUGGAGUCGACACGAACCCCCGUUCACGGCCUCGUUCGCCGUCACCAGAACCGCUGAUACGCUCUCCCAGCAAUCACUCGAUUUCUCUUCGUCAUCCGACCCCGGAUCUACAGUCGUUACAAGGGGCAUAUGUGAGCAAUGUGGAAAGACUGGAGAAGAGCGCGGAGCGUCUGAGCAUGACCUCAGACAUUGGACACGAGCUUCGCAAGAUGGAUCAGGAGCUAAAGAGACGCUCGUCGGCUUCUUCUGCGGUGCCCCCGGGCACGGAAGCCCUGACAAGGAAAUUCUCGUCGGCAUCCGUCUCCAACUCUAUCAUCAGUCUGAACAAUGCAGCCAGGAGCGGUGGCUACUCCCCGGGAGGGUUUGUCUCAUCUCCACGAGGCUCCAUCAUGUCCGGCAGUUUCUCUCAGGGGGCAUUGCGUCUACGUUCGACAUCCGUCAGCUCCCAGUUGGCGCAGGUACACGAACCAGAACAGGAGGAUGAAUAUGCACCAGCGGCUCCGACACCAACAGCCGUUCCUAUACUAUCCCCUCCACAACCACGGUCUCACCCCCAAGAGGAUAAUCAUUCAUUCCAGCAGUCUUACGCCGAGCAUGAAUAUGUACAGAACGAAUACCAGCCCGAAGAUUAUCCGGACCGUCCGCCCACAGCAGCGUCCGGCGACACAUACCGACAGGCGCUCACGUUGUUCAGGGACUUCGAUGGCGUUCAUUGUGUUCCCUCCGCACGAAGUGUCUCACUCGACAGGCCGCCCUUGGCGAGCGGAGCAGAACGCUACGACGAGCCCCCUACGGGACAGAACAUGGUCUACUAUCCCGCUCCAGUUCCCAUGAUGUUGAACCUGCCGCCACGACUAUCACAAAGACCUCCUGUUUCUGAGCUGGAGAAAAGGCGCACGCAACUUCUGGGUGCCCUGGCUUCCGAUAACAGGAAAUCGGUCGUGGGGCUCCCAGGAAGCGAGCAUCAAGAACAGGACAACAAAGCCGGUAACAAGCUGUCGAAGCUUCCGUCGCAGCUACGGGCAAGUGUCUUCUUCUCACAGCCCGCGUCGCAUUUGGAUAUCAAAAUGCAGAACGGAUCUGCAGUUGCAACGCUCGAGAGUAUACUCGAUGCGUCUGCAGAUGCACCUGUCACUGCGUUUACGGACCACCCGUUCGCUGGCCACGUGGGGUCAGAGGUCUACGGACGUAGCCAGGCUAAUGCAUCUUCCAGGAAUCUGGCGGAAAAGAAAAAGAAGCGGAAGAGCAUCCUUGGUCUGCGCAGCAGCGCUCUUUCGCCCGGAAGAAAGGAAGGCGGUGAGGCAUCUGAGACAGAAGCUGAGCUGGCUGAAAACAAUCUCGAAGACACACCGCUCCGCUCUUCAACUUACGAUCUACAUGAUGUAAACGGUGAUCGUCACGCCGGUGCUCAUAGCGGCCAGGAAGAGUCUGACGGCUCUGAGGAGGGCGAGGAAGGGGACGGAGGCGAAGAUGAGCUCGCCUAUGUUGGACCUCCGACCACCCUUCUGGCUGAGCUUGAGAUGAGGAAACAGGAGCAAAAACAGCGGCGACGAACGGCCGCUACUGCGUUCCCCAAUGGCCUGCACUCGACUCUCUUGGAGCUGGAUACCGUCGCACAAGUCCAGAGCAAAUCAAGACAGCGGCGGCCGGUCACUCUUGCGUGGGAACACCCGGAUGUCCAUAAGCAGGACGGUGAGGAGGACGAAGAUGUACCUCUUGGUGUGUUGUUUCCCGGCAAGAGCUCCGCGGCCGAUGAGAACCGGCCGCUGGGUCUCAUGGAAAAGCGAGAGCUGGAAGAAAAUGAGCCGUUGAGCAAACGCCGUGCAAGGCUCCGUGGUGAGCCUGUCGUUCCCCGCGGCCCCAGUGCUAUGAGACGGGCGAGCACCAUGCACACUGGAGACAUACCGAAGCCUGAGGAAGCAGAAAGCGGCGAUGAGAACGAGACAUUGGCACAGCGCCUUCAACGUCUCAAGGAGAAGAACCGGGCCAGCACUGUCAUCAGCAGUGACUUCGCCAGUGAAGUCUUGGCUCACUUUGAGAACAAAACCGACGAAGGAACGGAGAAGAAAGCCGACGCCGAACAACCGCAAGAGGAGACUCUGGGCCAGCGCCGAAGACGCCUGCAACAGGAGGCCAAGGCACGACAGUCUGUAUCCGCAGAUCUCGGUACACCGAGAUACCGCAGAAGCAUGGCAGAUAUCCUGCAAGCUCACCCUGCUCCUGGCGCUCGAAAGCCAUCGCAGGACAACUCCCGCCGCGGAGCACCCGCGCCGCAGCAAACCCAGACUAACCGCAUGUCCAUGUUCACCUUACCCACGAGCCUCAACCACGCCGCAGCUGGCUAUCCUCCUCCGUAUGCCUAUGCAACGGGACCUCAAUAUCCAACCAUGACCGGUUACAGUACCCCGUUCGUAUACAACACCGCAGUCGCACCAGGAAUGAACAAUUUAACCUACAGUAUGCCCUAUUACGCGAACCAGCCAAUGAUGGUCGCGCAGCAGCCUAUCGAUCCUCGCCAGCGCGAUGUAAUUGACCGCUGGCGCCAGAGCGUAAGAUAGGGCAUGCGGUUAGAUUAUUUGUUUUUUUCUUGAAGCGCAACGAAAACCCUAAUAUCCUCUGUACAUACUCGCUGGCACGAAGCAUGGAGAAUUGGUUGGGAGCGGGGAGAAACCGGUGUUGUUGCUGAUUUGUUUGUGAUAUCCGUUGCCGAUCUAGUUCCUUCCUCUUUUUAUUUUCUUUUCUUUUUUCGUCUGUCGCGUUGUCAUUUAUUUUUAUUAUCAUUAUCGAUACUGUAUGAGUAGCAUAAGCAGCUGGCGCGAAAGGGAAUUGAGUGCAUGCGGUCUUGACAUCAUUACUGUCGUUUCUGGAUUAUGUUUGAUUAUGUUCUUUUCUCGGUUCUUUACAGAGACCACUAACUAGGUAGCCAUGUUCGUUUUCUAGAGUUACUCUGCCUAAGUAGCAUGUCAUAAUACAUAUAGCGUGUUAAUCAAGUUGAUGGACGCCUAAUGUUAUCUCAGAAUGAAGGCCUGUACAUGUGAAC